CAAAGAAGAGCGUACGGUCUGCGCAAGAAGGCCGAAGCGUUUCAUCACGGCAUCACCAGAGAAGAAGGGGCGCAAAAAGUCAAAAAGUCUACGGAGACCUCCGACGACAAACCUUCCAUGAACGCAGCAGAGCCAAGCUUCGAUCCGAAGAAGAAAGAAGAAGAUCAGUCUCGCCAAGCUCACUCCACAAAAACCCCAACGAGACUCCAUCGUCCUCAGCGUCCCCAUCAAGAAUCGCCCAACACAGCAAAUCCAAUCUCUCCAUCCCUCCCAUAAACUGAAGGAAAGAUGGCCGCGACCCCUUCCCCGCCCGACUUCAAGAACGCCGUCGCGGCGGCCAGGGCGGUUAUGUCCGCCGCGGCCUCCGUGACGGCCGCCGUGGUGGUGGUGCAGUCGGCGGUCCACACGAUCGUCCCCCGCAGGUUCCGGGGCUUCCUUCUCUCCAGGAUCCGGGGCUUCCUGGGUCGCGUCUCCGACGAGAUGACCAUGGUCAUCAAGGAGUACGACGGGUUCGUCCAGAACGAGCUCUUCGAGGCGGCCCAGGUCUUCUUGGCCGCCAAGCAAUCCCCCUCGACGCGGCGCAUCCGGGUCACCAAGCCCAGGAAGGAGACCCACUUCACCCUGGCUAUCGACCGGAAUCAAGCGGUGGUGGAUACGUUCCGGGGGGUCGAGCUCAAGUGGGUGUUUGCGUCGAGGCAGGUCGACUCGGGCCACCGGGUUCAUCAGGGCCGGAGCUCGACCGCUCAACACGAAGUUCAGUACUUCGAGCUCACCUUUUGCAAGAAGCACAAGGAGAUGGUGCUCGAAUCCUAUCUGCCCUUGGUCAUCGGCGAGGCCAAAUCCAUUAAGCAGGGGAAGAAGACGCUGAAGCUACACACGCCGAGCUUCGGCCGCGUCUACGGCGGUCCUCUCUCAGAUGCGUGGGCCUCGGUGAACCUCGACCACCCAGCGACGUUCGAGACGCUGGCGAUGGACCUAGAGCUCAAGAAGACGAUAGUAGACGAUCUCGAGAGGUUCGUGAGGAGGAAGGAGUACUACAGGAGAGUCGGCAAGGCGUGGAAAAGAGGGUACUUGCUGUACGGACCCCCUGGCACGGGGAAAUCCAGCCUGGUCGCGGCGAUGGCCAAUUACCUGAACUUCGACAUUUACGACUUAGAGCUGAGCGGGCUCCGGAGCGACUCGGAGCUCAGGAGGCUGCUCGUUGCCACCGGGAAUCAGUCCAUAUUGGUGGUCGAGGACAUCGAUUGCACCAUUAUGUUGCAAGAUAGGACGUCCCAAAUCCGAGCGGCGAGCGUGAAUACUAUGCCAAUCGGUUAUCCGCAAGAAGAUCGAGGAACAUUGUCUGGAUUCCUCAAUUUCACUGACGGACUUUGGUCGAGCUGCGGCGAUGAACGGAUCAUAGUCUUCACUACGAAUCACAAGGAGAAAUUAGACCCAGCGUUGCUACGCCCAGGGCGCAUGGAUGUGCACAUUCACAUGUCCUAUUGCACCCCAUGUGGGUUCAGGCUUCUUGCUUCUAAUUAUCUCAGGAUCGAUAGUCAUGAGCUCUUUGAUCAGAUCGAGAGUUCGAUCACGACAGCUAGAGUCACUCCAGCCGAAGUAGCCGAGCAGUUAAUGAAGAGCGACGAACCAGAGGUCGCUCUCCGGGACAUGGUUUCUUUCCUCGUUAAUCACAAGAGGAAAGAAAAUGAAGAAGUCGUUGAGGAGGAAGUUUGUUACUGCCAAUUGAUUAGAGAAAAUGGAGGGAGUGGAAAGGAGAACGGAAAUUGCGAACUAGUUGACAAAUAAAUAAUAAAUAUAGACUCUGUUGGUAUUUUUCCGGUUGAUUUUAUUCAGACUAUAUACUAAGAAAGACGAUAUGCGCUGACACUGUAAAUAUUUCAAUUUGAUUUACUUGCCUUACUAUGUUUCUUCUGAUUUUUAUCAUGUUUA